AUGUCCCCCAUUCUUCCUUAUGCCGCCUCGCUCGUUGCUCGAUGGACUGCCGCAGACUACAUUUCCAACGCGCAAGCUGGAUUUCAAGGCCUGCAAGGAUGGUACAACGAGGCUACGGGUCUUUAUGACACGUGCGGCUGGUGGAACGGUGCCAAUGACCUCACUGCCAUCGGAGAUCUCGCCAAGGUGGAUUCAAGCAUCGUUGACCAGGUCACGACCAUCUUUGCCAACAGUUAUUCAGUCACUCCUGCCCAGAACCCUCAGCCACUGAGCCCUGGUGAUCACAAUUCUGCUGAUCCAAUCGCGUGGUGUGAUCACUGUUACGAUGACAAUGGUUGGUGGGCACUGGCUUGGAUCAAUGCGUAUGAUAUCACAAACAAUCAAGACUACUUGACCCUCGCGCAAGGUAUCUUUGAUCAGAACAUGGUCAAGGGUGGACCUUCCAAUUGCUCCAAUGGUGGUAUCGUAUGGUGCGACUACAACCCUUACGUCAACGCCAUUGCCAAUGAGCUCUACUUGUCUGUCUCGGCUCAUCUUGCCAACCGAGUCGCCGAGUCUGACAGAGCACACUACACCACUAUUGCUCAGGAUCAGUGGACUUGGUUCCAGAAAUCCGGUCUCAUCAACCCUCAAAAUCUUAUCAACGACGGUCUGGAGGCAAACUGCACCAACACCUACAAGCGGACCAUCUGGAGCUACAAUCAGGGAGUCAUACUCGGAGGCCUUGUGGAGCUAAACAAAGCUGCACCUGACUCGUCGCUCUUGGACAGCGCCAACACUCUCGCCAAGGCCUCCAUCGGCUACCUCGCUGAUUCGAAUCAAAUCAUUCACGAUGUCUGUGAACCAGAUUGCGCCCCAGAUGCUACACAAUUCAAGGGUAUUUACAUCCGAAAUCUCGCAGCACUGUACCAGGCCUCACCUUCCUCGCUUCUCCAAAGCGUACUCACUGCUAACGCCAACAGCAUCUGGAACAAUGACAGGAUCACAUCCAAUAAUACGUUCGGUGUUGACUGGGCGGUUUUGGAGGAAGGAACCGUCGUCCGGAAUGGCAUUGUCAAGGGAGAGACCGACGCCAGUACAUCGGGAUCAGCGUUGGACGGUCUCGUUGGAGGCAUCAUUGCCAGCAGCUAA